UUGGCGGCUGGUUGCUAAAGGGCAGCUGCCGCCUCUGCUGUGGUGCCUCCUUUGAUUCCGCCGGUCUCCUUGUGUCGUGGAGGGCUUGCCUGAGCUGUUCCGGGCGGGCAGUAACGGGUGAGUGCCGGUGCCCCGUCCAUCUCCAGAAGCUCACACCAGCUGGCUUUGUUAUGGACAAAGCUGUUGCCGAGUAUAUCCAAGCAACUCUCAAAAAAAUCCCACGACAUGAAAUCAAGGCAAUGCUACAGAAAUGGGGCCUUCUGUCUGAGAACGAGCUGCAAACCAUAAACUUCGGUCAGAUAAAGUGGAAGAUCAUUCGCGAUAUUUUUCAUCUGUGUGAGGGAAUACCUGGAGGUAUAAAGGAAGUAGGUGUGCUAGACAUAAUCUACACCCAUGCCUAUGCACAUAAGAGAACAUGGAAAGCAUACCAGCUUCUCACAACAGCAGAGAAAGAAACGGUGUUUUUUGACAUAAGAGAUUUCAAAAAAAAAUUUAAAAGACGACUUCGUUUACUCGUGGGAAAGGUCAUCAUCAACUUUAAAGAACAUGAAGAUAAUGCGAUCUGGAUUAGGAUUGUCUGGGGAACACCGUAUGGGGAGCAAAACCAAUACAGAGUCGGCUAUGUUGUGUACCAUUCACAAACUCCGUAUGUCUUUAUUUCUCUCUCACGAUAUACGAGCAACUUGCCGAUGCUCUGUCAGGCCCUGGUUGUUGCUACUGAUUCCCAUGACAUCUGUACAAUGGAUCUUCAAGGUCACUGUUUAAACUCCCUUAAAGAUAUUGUGUUUAAGACCUCUGACCAGAACAUCCAGACUUCUCAUUCUGAACCUGUAAAGGACCACAGUGUAGAACCAGAAAGUGAUUUAAGGUUAGUUGAUGAGAACAGAAGCUCUAGAGAAAAAACACAGAGAAUGAAUCAGCAGAUUUUUGGUGAUUAUCCCUUACCGAAACUUGAACAUGUACAAUAUAAGCUUCUGACGAUGUUUAAAAGUAAUCCUAAACAGGAUGUUUUGUAUCAAAAAGAGCCGUUCAGAUGUCUGGUGAAGUUUUCUAGUCCACAUCUCUUAGAGUCAGUGAAAUCCCUGGCAGCAACAAAUAUGGUUGACGCACCGCUUUCACCACUGCUUACUGCUCUAGUACAAAGACCUAGGAAUCAUUUUACAAUUACAGAGAAAACUGAUUCCAUGAGAAUUUCUGAAUCUCUAAUUUAAGACUGAUUCUGAGAGAAAUAUGCAAUUCAUUUAUUACUAGUAUUAAUCUAAACCACUGUAAACUUUAUAAAGUUUUUUUGAAAGUAACUUGUAUUUUUCUAAUAUUUUUUUCCAAACUAUUGCUUCUCUGAAUCAGUUUUUCACAUUUGUCUUUCAGCAGAAUGGUUAGCCCUUUCCUUAAAUAACUAGGGGAAAAAAAUAUAGCUGUGAAAUUUAAACAUUGUGGGCUCUUGGCAUGUAGGUGGCAGUAAGAGGUUUCUGUCCAUCUUGAGUUGAUGUUAAAGCAGAGGUUUUGCUCACCAAGGGCAACAGAAGGUAAAAAAUACUGGAAAUAAGACAUACAUACAAAUAGGUAUUUUUUGUCAAAUUUCCUCCUAGAGGAAUACAGUGAAAUAAGCAGUAAUUUUAUUUUUGUGGAAUUCCACAGUUUAGUAUAUUCCCAUUAAGUUUUGAUCCUUCUGCAAUCCUUGCACAUUACCAGUUUCUGGUUCUUGUAGACACGAAGAUUGCAAACUUGAGAUGGAAACGUUCAUCACCGCAAACAGCAGCAUUGCACUGGAAUUCUGUAGGGUUGGUAAAUUUUAAUUAGUAAUUAGAUAGCUAUUUCCAUGGAAUUUACUGCAUCGUCUGUCAUUUGACAUGAAUGUGAUCUGAAGAGGCUGGUUUGUAAUAAGUGUUACAUGAAGUUUGCAGGUACCAGAAUUAAAAGUAUCUACUUUGUGUGUAGGGAAUUCCUGAUACAGUUUAGAUACCUCAACGAGCAGAGAGUCUUCAUAACUUCACAGCACAGUGUAAAUAUUUUCAGAGGCUGUAUGGAAAUGUCUUUCUUCUGAAACUGUAAAUAAAUGUGUAAAUUAAUUCUCAAGA